UCCCGGUCUGCGCCGUUCUCAGAGCGAGCAACAAGUUUCCAACAGAGACGAUACCAGAAGAACGCACGCGAGAGGGAACCGCGAGCCAAGAAAGCCAGAGGGGUUAGCUGCGGCCGCCGUCCGAGCUCUUGCCGUCCCCAUCCACCCCUCUCGUCCUCCUCUUCCUCCUCCUCUCUCUCUGUCUUUCGCUCCGUCCAGCCGCCGCGUAAUCCGCGGAACCAACCAGAUGCACUUAUCCGCCCUCUGAUCGAAUCCGGCGAGAAGAUUAAGGCCGGUUCUUUGUCCUGCCGAGCCGGCGAUCUUGAUGGCAUUGGAGGCGGGGAGCAGUGGCGGCGGCGGGAGGGGAUGGGGCGGCGGGUUCCGGAGCCUGAUGCGGCGGAAGCAGGUGGACUCCGAUCGGGUCCGCGCCAAGGGCCAGCCGCAGCUCGCCAAGGAGCUCAACGUGCCGGAGCUGGUCGCCAUCGGGGUUGGUUCCACAGUUGGAGCUGGAGUAUACGUUCUCGUGGGAACAGUUGCUAGGGAGCACGCUGGUCCGGCAUUGACAAUUUCAUUUCUGAUAGCUGGAAUAGCUGCCGCGCUUUCAGCUUUCUGUUAUGCUGAGCUUGCUAGUCGUUGCCCCUCUGCUGGAAGUGCCUACCAUUAUUCAUACAUCUGUGUUGGAGAAGGUGUUGCCUGGUUGAUUGGCUGGGCUCUUGUGCUGGAAUAUACUAUUGGUGGAUCUGCUGUUGCCCGUGGCAUAUCUCCAAAUUUAGCAUUGUUUUUUGGAGGACAAGAUAGUCUGCCAUGGAUUUUAGCACGCCAUCAGCUUCCAUGGUUUGGUAUCAUUGUUGACCCCUGCGCAGCUGCUCUUGUUUUUGUUGUGACUGUUUUACUGUGCGUGGGAAUUAAAGAGGUUGCCACUUUGAUCGAUUCGUAUAAGUUCUUCCUUUUCUUCACAAAUACACAACCACUUAUGGCCAUUCUAUUUGAAAUGCUGCAGAGUUCAUUUGCACAAGGAGUGGUAACAGUUCUGAAUGCUUGUGUAAUGAUAUUUGUUAUUGUGGCUGGUAGUUAUAUUGGCUUUCAAAUAGGAUGGGUCGGCUACAAGGUUUCUGACGGGUAUUUCCCACAUGGAGUAAAUGGAAUGCUUGCUGGAUCAGCAACUGUUUUCUUUGCAUACAUAGGCUUUGAUACAGUCGCUAGUACAGCUGAAGAGGUAAAGAAUCCACAGAGAGAUUUGCCAUUGGGAAUUGGAGCAGCGUUGGCUAUUUGUUGUGUGUUGUAUAUGGCUGUUUCUGUCGUUAUUGUUGGGCUGGUACCAUAUUUCGCCAUGGACCCAGAUACUCCUAUUUCAUCUGCCUUCACAGAACAUGGAAUGCAAUGGGCCAUGUAUGUUGUGACAAGUGGUGCUGUUCUUGCACUCUGCUCGACCUUGAUGGGUUCACUUCUUCCACAGCCUAGAAUACUUAUGGCCAUGGCACGAGAUGGUCUGUUGCCAUCCUUCUUCUCUGAUGUUAACAAACAAACUCAAGUACCUGUUAAGAGCACAAUUGUGACUGGCAUUUUUGCAGCUGCUCUGGCUUUUGCAAUGGAUGUUUCACAGUUAGCAGGAAUGGUCAGUGUAGGCACACUUCUUGCAUUCACUAUAGUUGCUGUCUCAAUCUUGAUACUCAGAUAUGUCCCUCCAGAUGAGGUCCCUUUGCCACCCUCUAUGCAAGAAUCAUUCCAUUUGAACCAGGAAUGCGAUGAGGAAACGGACAGGGGCCUUCUUGGCGUUGGGAACUGUAACUUGUCUCAGACAAAGAAUGUGAUUGUGGUAGUAGAAUCAGUGAAGGACCCUCUCAUUGAUAAAAGACUGCAUAAAGGCAAGAUGGAUGAGACUAAACGCCGAAAGAUUGCCUCUUUAAGCAUAGCGUCUGUGUGUGUAGGGGUUCUGAUCCUCACAUCUUCAGCCUCUGCCACAUGGUUGCCUUUUCUCCCGAUAUGUAUUGGCUGCAUCAUUGGAGUUAUGCUCCUUCUGGCUGGCCUCAGCUUGCUCUCCUGGAUCGACCAAGAUGCUGGCAGGCACUCCUUUGGUCAUUCCGGAGGAUUCACAUGCCCUUUUGUUCCAGUGCUACCAGUUUUGUGUAUCCUGAUAAAUACGUAUCUGUUGAUAAACCUGGGUGGUGACACAUGGAUGAGGGUUGGCAUAUGGCUGCUGAUGGGUGUUCUUGUGUACGUUUUCUAUGGACGAACCCACAGCUCCCUAACAGAUGUCGUCUACGUUCCGGUAGCACAAGCUGAUGAGAUAUACAGGAGUUCAUCAGGAUAUGUAUCAUAGAAAAGAACAGCUGCAGUCAUGUGACAUGAUAGAUUUACAGAAAGACCGACCGGAUGAUAUAUUAUUUACUUAAAAGGUGGUUGUUGGCCAUCUGUUGUAGAUAAUUGGUUAUCAGCCAGGAAAGACGGGAACUGACUGUUAUUUCUUUAAUGCUUGGCCAACAAGAUCUCGUGGAUGCAACUUUGAAAGAUAUGUUCACGAGGCAGGUCAAUUUACACAUUGUUGGAGUGUGUGUAGAUGUGGUGUAUAUAAACCCAAUUGGGUGGAAUAUGUGAUACAUAAUUUGUGUAAUCCAUGUAUAGCCCUUUGUACUGAAAUGUGAGGGCAUUCAGAGGACCUAUUGAAACAGAACACGGAUGGCAAAAGAAGCCAGCUUUUUUUUUUUAUCAUGUCAUCAACAAA